AUUCGUCAAUUAUACUUAUGUCAAAAUUGGAAUAUGGAAUACCCUAUGACGUUUAAAUUUUAUAAAUUAUUUGUUCUUCAAAACGAAGUUUCGUUAGAAUUGCAAAUGAAUCGUGCGCGCUUGAGUUGAAACAUUUUUUAAGUGCAUUUUCUGAGUGUAUCAAAUCACAAUGGAUUAUUCUAUGGAGAAUGGUGGUCUGGGUCUUACAGGCGAACAAACGGAGAAAGUUUUGCAAUUUCAAGAUCUCACGGGAAUAGAAGACAUGACGAUAUGUAGGGACGUGUUACAAAGGCAUCAGUGGAACUUGGAAGUUGCGGUUCAAGAGCAAUUAAAUAUUAGAGAAGGGAGACCCUCUGUUUACGCUUCAGAGUCCAGACCACCAGCAGUGGUUAGCGAACAUUUGGGGCAACUUAUUUAUUUCUCUCCCCCCACUGAUGGCUCUGGAUCAGGAAUUAGAAAAUACUUCAAAAUAUUUGCAAGUCUUUUGUAUAACCUAUGUUAUACUACGGUUAUGACAUUUAUUCAAAUUGCCAGAAGAAUGUUGGGUAUAGAGUAUCAGCCUCGGAUUGACCCUCUUCAAGAGGUUUUGGAAUUCAUUAGGCUGUAUGAGGAAAAGUAUGGUUGUAAUCAUCCAGUAUUUUAUCAGGGAACCUUUUCGCAAGUCCUCAAUGAUGCUAAAAGAGAACUGCGUUUCUUAGCAGUUUACUUACAUGAUGACGAUUCAAAUGACGCUGACUUAUUCUGCCGUGAAACAUUAGCGAACCCUGAAGUUGUUAGAUACAUAAAUACCAAUUUUUUGUUUUGGAGUUGUUCAAUUAAAUCGCGUGAGGGUAAACGCACUCUCAACGCAAUCAGGCCUAACAAUUUUCCAUUAAUUGCCAUUUUAGUUCUAAAAGAGAAUAGGAUGGUUGUAGCUGGAAGGCUUGAAGGUUAUUGGAAUCCAAACCACUUAAUGCAGCAAAUGCGCAGCGUUGUUAAUGAGUUUGAAAUACAUCUAGUACAGGCCAGAGCAGAGCGCUUUGAAACUAGUUUGAACCGGUCUCUGAGGCAACAUCAAGACGAAGCUUUUAUGGAAAGUCUCAGGGCCGAUCAGGAAAAAGAAAGAAUAAAAGAGGAAAGUAGACGAGCUGAAGCGGAGCGGCAAAGGCAGUAUGAACAGGAACUAAGAGAAGAGGAGGAACGCCGCUUGGCCUUGCAACAAGAAAAACUGAAUUCUGUUUCCAAGGUCCCUUCUGAACCAGAUAUAUCUGAUCCAAAUGCUGUGCAUGUUGUCUUCAAGCUCCCUUCUGGCAGUCGCCUCGAAAGACGAUUUCUCAAGUCUCAUUCCUUGGAGCAUGUGUUCUAUUUUGUGUUUUGCCAUCCUAACGCCCCAGAUUCAUUCGAAAUUACUACAAACUUUCCUAAAAGAGUUCUCAAGUGUCGCCCCCAACAUCAGAGGGAAAGAGUUGAAACUCUUGAACAGGCAGGGUUGAAAAAUCGUGAAGUGCUUUUCAUUAAUGAUUUGGAUGCCUAGAGCGUUUGUUGUCCAUCCAGUGGAAAUGUUUUGUUUUAACUAUUCGUCAAUUGAAAAAAUAUUUGCAAUUUUUGGAUUACCAAAAUGGAAAAAAGUUAUUUUUAGGACAUAAAUUUAUUGUUUUGUUUCACCCUUUAGCACUUAUGAUGCUUUUUUUUUUGUAAAAUGUUGCUAUAGAUUCGAAAUAACUAUCUCUAAAUCUUAAAAUAUUAGAGGUAAUUUAUUUCAUAACAUAUGUUAAGAGAGAAUGGUUGAUAAAGACUUUUAGAAAAAAAUGUGAUUUUGUAAUAUGUCGUAGAUUAAUGGCAAGCAUUUAUAGCACCUAUUUUGAAAUCUGUAUGGGUCACUGCUCCCUAAUUUUCCAGUAAUUAAGAGACCUAUAAUUUUUUAUAACAUUCAUUUUCUUAUGUAAAUAUGUAAAGAAAUACAUUUUGUUGUUUCCUAAAA